GAGAGCCAUCAUGCACUUCUCUACCCUCCUCUUCAGCCUCAGCGCUCUGGUCGCAACAUCCACGGCCAAUCCGGCACCCGCACUACUGACAGAAGCACUGCCAGUAGUAGAUGCAGUGACAGGCGAACUAGGCCGCGACGCACUAUCCGGCAGUCUGCCCAAAAACCUUGCCAAGAUUUGGAUCUUCAGCAACCGCGAGUGCGACCAAAACGACGGUCCUGCUUGGAACAUCUACGUACUUCCCGGUCAGGAAAGAUGCAUUCCAUAUCAAAAUGUAGGGUCGAUCUUCGCGUGGUACGAGUCUGAUAUUGGCGGCAGUAACUGCAGAGGCAGCAGUGCGACGCCGCUCAACAAGCAAUGCACUAGUGACUUGUUUGCGUCCGUCAGCAUCUCUUGCCCUAGGGUGGCCGCCCCAAAAGAACCCACCAUCCUUGUCGUAAGGCUCGUCAAACUCAGAGGAGGAGUCAUAGUCCGAUACAUGACGGCAUCGGUAACAGAGCUGUUCAGACUGCUCGAAGGGGAUUCCAUCCCGGUAUGCUGCUGCGCAAUCAUGGCACACGGUGUUCCUGAUCCUGUCCAUGCAAACGGCGCACUGGGUCCUGUAGAAUUCAGAUGGCUUAUCGGACGCCUUCUUGCAGGUCACUAUGCAGCCAUGCUGCUCCUUGACUGGGCGUUCGUGCCAAACGAUCCUGUCUUUUCCGCUGUUGGCGACCGUGGCAGUGGCCAAGAGGGCCACGGCGGCGACGACGGAGAGCAGUAG